ACAGUGUGAGACUGUACUGUGUACUCACCUGAAGCAGCUCUCCGGCACUGUGUGUUCUCUCUCAGGUCCUCUCUGCAGGAUAAAAGAAGAAAGAAUGAAGCUGUACGUGUUUAUUCUCACCUCUGCACUGUGGGUCUGUGCAGCAGAAAAAAUUGUUCAUGAGUAUUACGUGUUUGAUUGGUGCUCUGAGACUGACGGUGGAGUUGUGUGGAUGAUCGACGGAGAGGAGGAGUAUCAUGCAGAUUUUAAAGACGGACGAGGGGUGGUCAGUCUGCCGAAGUUUGCAACUCUAAACUACACCAUCAUUCCUGCAGCUUAUGAACGUAGUAUUCAAGAACUCCAAAUAUGCAGAUACAACCUGAAAUACAGUGUGUUCUGGUACAACUUCCCAGCUGAGGACAUGGAUGCUCCCAGGAUUACCAUGUACCCCAAGAACGAUGAGCAGCUGGGUGUUGUAAAUGAGCUCAUCUGCCUGGUGACCGAGUUCUACCCUCCGUCCCUCAGAAUCUCAUGGACAAAGAACAAUGAAAACGUGACGGAGGACGUGUAUAUGAGCCAGUAUUACCCAAACGAAGACUACACCUUCACUCUCUUCUCCUCCAUAAGCAUCGUUCCGGAGCAAGGGGACAUCUACAGCUGCACCGUGGAGCACAUUGCCCUCCAGCAGCCUCAGACCAGAAUCUGGGAAUCUGAAGUUGAUCCGCCUGAAGAUGGUCCGCUGGUGUUCUGUGGAGUCGGAGUGGCUGUAGGUCUGUUAGGAAUCGCUACUGGAAGCUUCUUCUUCGUUAAAGGAAGCCACAGCUGACUCUGCUGACUCUGAGCCUGAACAUUAAAUAUGUUUUAUGUUUA